AUGGCGCACACACUCUCUUUCAUAGCGAUGCUUUUCGCAUUCUUAUCCCUCACCACCUUCACAUUCGCCCAAUCGUUAACAACAUCCGCUACCUCGACCUCCACAGCUACAGCAGCAAUUGUGCCAAGUGCAUCUUCCUACACUUACAUUGGUUGUUACAAUGAGACGAGCAACACGAAUAGUACCGGGGGACUAAGAGCUCUUAAUGGUGGUGUGACUGAAGCGUUGGAUGUAAUGACUGUACCACUGUGUAUGGCAUUUUGUAAAUCAAAUGGUUAUGUCUAUGCUGGGAUUGAAUAUACCAGAGAAUGCUAUUGCGCUCAGUAUCUUUCCGCUCUCGCGCCUAAAGUAGAUGAUUCCCAUUGCAAUCUCCCGUGUGAAGGAAACUCGAGCCAGAUAUGUGGUGGUUCGUGGACGCUAUCAGUGUACUUGCGAGAAAAUAAUAAAAAGGGAGCUGCGAGUGGCGGAAGGGCGGAAUUGAUUGGGAGACAGGCGGUUUUGGCGUUGGGGAUUGGGUUUGUGGAAAGUGAUUUUGGAAGCAAAGUAUCGCUAUUGUGGUCGCAUUCUUGCACAUGA